AUGGUAUGUGAAUGUUUGGGCAUCAACAAAGAAUGUGAUUACUUUGGAUUACAGUACAAAACUGUCAAAGGGCAAGAUGUUUGGUUGAAUCUAAGAAAUUUGAUUGAACAUCAAGUUGCUGGAGUUCAUCCUUAUCGUUUUGCACUCCGAGUCAAAUUUUGGGUACCACCGCAUUUAUUAUUACAAGAAUCUACUCGCCAUCAGUUUUAUUUGCAUGCCAAGUUAGAGCUAUGUGAAGGGCGUUUAAGACCGACAGAUAGCCAAGCAAUAUGUAAAACUAUUGCAUUAUUGGCACAGGCUGAAUUCGGCGAUUGCGAUGACUCGGUUGCUCUUGUGCAGUUUUUCGCAUAUUGGUGUGAACAUUUGGGCGCACCCAAAGAUGAUGAUGAGUUUAUCAUUGAUCAUAUUCAAAAUCUUCAGUCUGAAAUGAAAGGUAUGAAACAAACAACUGCUGAAUAUUGGUUGAUCAAAGAAGUCUCUGGUCUUCAAAACUUUGGUGAAGAGGUAUUUGAAGGUAGAACAACAAAUGGUUCUUCAGUACUGGUGGGAGUUGGACCACAUGGUAUUAGUCUGGAGCACCCAGAUCAAGCUGAUCAUGAAAAACAAAUGAUUCCUUAUACUGCGAUCCGCAGUGCUGCCAGCCACCGUCGUGUAUUUGAGAUGUGGUAUUUGGCAGGUGUCGAACAUUCCGAAACACUAAUUGUAUUGAAAUUAGAAUCUAGUUUGGGUGCAAAUACACUUUAUAGAGCACUUACGGAGAAACAUGCAUUCUAUAGUUGUGAAACAGUGAGAGGCGCUGUUACAUCACAAUAUAUCAGGGAUCUCAAGGGUACAAUUAUAUCUAUAUUUAAUGAAGAUUCACCAUUAGGGAAGAAAUACGUGUUUGAUAUACAGAGGACCUGUCGUGAAGUUCAUGACAAUGCACGUCGUGCACUUUAUGAAAAGCAAAACAAAGUCACACCAUCCAGCUCUACUGUGGUACUGACUUCGCCUGAACCUGAGCCAACUACUUCACAGGAUAGCUACAAACUGGCCAAGCUUAUUGAUGCGCUUACGUGUAGAAUUUGCAUGGAUGCCACUAUUGAUCAUGUAUUUUUCCCAUGUGGUCAUGUUAUUGCAUGUGGAACAUGUGUUAAACGAUGUGAAACUUGCCCACUAUGUCGGGGUGCCAUUGAUGAGUCUAGGCAUGUGUUUAUUCCGACUUUAGCUGACUUGCCAGAUCUUCAUCAUUAG